AUGAAAGGCAAGCGCGAAGUAAAGCCAUUGACUUUACUUUGGGUCAUCGUCGAGGGAUCACCAACCAGUGUAGAAAAAUAUCUUGAAAAGAAAUGUUUUAUGACCUUUGGAGCGUAUUUCCAUAAUCAAGGCAAUUCAUUUAUUUGCCUGUUUAGAGCUUUGCUCGCGAAAUUUGGCUGA